CUACUGUAAAUGCUGUAUAGACAAUCAUUCUGUACAAUACAAUAAUUAUAGUUCUACAACUGUUUAUAACUGUUUAUUAAUACUCGCAAUUCUAUAUCUACAAUCUGUAGUUUCCAUAUUUUUAACUAUAUGUAUAACCUGUACAUAGCCUGUACACUCACUACAGCUGUAGCCUGUACAUACUUAUAGUUAUAGUAUAUUUAUAACAUACCUUCAUGCCGUGUACAUUGUACCAUACCUUUAAUAGAUCCAUAUUCUGUAAUAUAUCUAUAUUAUUGCUAAAGCACUUUGUGGAUGGAUGAAAACUGCAUUUCGUUGCCUUCUUUUGUGUAUUUAAAAUUAUUUUGUUAUAAAUGGUUCCACAAAUUAUGUGGACAGACGUUUGAUCUGUUAGGAGAAUUAUUUAUAUAAAGUAAAUGUUUUGUUUUGUUAUUGUUGAACAGUAAAAAGGACGGUUUGCAGUUAUUACAGUUCUCUUUGUUUGAGUCUAAGGUGUUGUUGUAUCCAAAUCAGAGUAUCUAAGAAAUGAAGCAGAAACUGUUGGCACCUGUCCCAGCUUGUUUUCAUAACCUGUGGUUACCGCUCUCGCUCUCUAUAGUGUGCACACACUUUGAUGUUUAAACUGCGGUUUAAAUAAAACUGUAAAAAACUGACUUCUGCCAAUCUGCACUGUGUGUUCUAAGAGGGGGGAGUAGCUCACCAACGAAAGAAGGACUAGACCCCCACUGCUGGGGUAGAGGGCUGGCGCGUUGUAGUAGCGGGCCUCUGAGAACACUGUUCAGCAGUGUUCUCACAGCCCGCUAAAUGCAGAAUAUUUCCUGUGGUUUUAGCAGAAAGCAAAGCUGCAAGAAAGAAUUUGAUGAAACUGCUUUGAGAGUUUUGCUGUAAUAUUUUUCAGCUGUCAUGGCACACCACGUGGAAAUUCUGCAAAAUUUUAGUUCACUCUUAUUAGCCGUGAGCAUCAUCCUGCUCAUAACCCUCUUCCUCGUUGUGCAAUACGUAUUUGACAUGGAUUAUUUUUGCUCAUGCUGUCCGGGUUUACAUGUAAAUGAUGCAGUCUUCAUGGCUGUGCCUCCUUUUAUCCUCAGCCUCUCUCUAAGUUUAUCAGACUUAGAAACAAUGAAUAGGAAGGGUAGGCAGUUAAUAGAAAUCCCUCUCUCUGGAUUCAGCAGAGACACAUAGACUAGCUGCCAUGUGCUUUCAUACCAGACCCAAUGGUUCAAAUUUGCAGAGGCAGUGAUGAAAAGUAUUUUUGGGUUUAAAUUAUAUUACUAAAUAAUGACAUGAAACUAUCUGCAUUCUGUGUAUGACAUAGAAUAUAUUAUGUUUUCAUAGACUACAGAUAUCAAAAGUGAAAGUAUAAAAGUGGUGGUUGUAACCCACCCACCUAAAAACCCAGCAGACACAAUAAAAUCCCUCUGUUAUCGUAUGAAAAACACUCUCACAUUAGCAGUACACAAAGCUGGAUGAAACGAAGUCUAAAAGCUGAACUGUUCUUCUACUAACUACAUCAAGAGUUUUUGACUUACAUUUUUCAGCAAGCAUGACUCACCAUAUCGAGCUUCUUCAAAAACUUUUUUCAUCCUUAACUAAGGCUGUGAGCAUUAUCCUGCUCAUAGUCACUUUCUUCGUCCUUCAGUACUUAUUGGACAUGGACUAUGUUUGUUCCUGCGAUCCAGAUUCACAUAUAACUGGUGCAGUCUUCAUGGCUCUCCCACCUUUAAUCCUCAGUUGUUUAGUCACCUUAAUUGAGUCUUUCUACAAAAAGACGAUUUAUUAUCAGCGCUAUUGUAGUUGUGGUAAUUACAUGCAGCUUUUUGGCUUUUUUUUGGCCAAAUAUCUCUUUCUGACUGGCAUUUGGGCAGGCGCUGUUCUGCUUGAGGGUGACUGGUACAUCUGUCUGAUAACAAACAUUGGUAGAAACCACACAAGAAUCGCUUGUAAGGAGAAUCUGACAAAUGAGGAAAAGCACACCAAAGCUCAAUAUAAGAAUGAGUCAGUGGACAUUGGCUUUGGUGUUUUGAGUGUGCUUUUCAUUAUUUGGAAUAUCUACGAAUUUUGGAAACCCAUUUGUAUUAUGAGACGGUUCAACAAGAACUUCAAGUCCUCAGGGUGCCCCUCAUACUACAGAUGGGUGUACGAAGAACUUCUUUCAGAGGAGGUGAGCAACCACUUGAAAGAGGAGCUCAAAAAUAUAGCAGAAGAAAAAGCAAAGAAACUCUGUGAAGGAUUCUUGAAUCGCAUUCAAAAAGCUGAGCUGCAGACACAAACAGGAAAUCACCAUAGCAACAAUUCCACUCAUUCUAACAGUAAUGACGAGCCUAAUCCCAAUAACAGUGAAAUUGACGCCGUUAGUACCGACACCCUCUUUCCCAGGAGUGAUGCCGCUAAUCCUAACAGCAAUGCUGACCAAAAUUCAGAAAGUGACAUUUUGGUUGCCUGGCAUAUAAUUUCUGAACCAUAUUUCUACCUGAACGAUUACACUCAGGCGGGGCAGAGCUGAAAACAAUGUUACUGUGACCAAAAUAAGCUUCACACAGACUGUUGUUGGUUCUUGCAUUAGUUUCCAUUUAGUUUAAAAAAAACUUUAAUGCUUGUUUCAAAGUCUCUGCACGCUCUGUUCAGUACGUCCUCGAUACGCUGUUCUAAUACUGGUGAACCUGCUUUUACCUCCAAGCUGCUGAAACAAUGUAAUAAAUCACAUUAUAUGGUGCUUUAACAUUAUCAACAUUAUCAGAAUUUAAAACCAAAGACAUUCCUAUUUAUCCGUGCCAGUCAGUCGUUAUGUUUGUUUUUACUAUUUUACUUUAAAUGUAACAUUUUUUAAAGUUUUUAACAGUUUUACUUCUACUCUUUUUUAUUGGUUUUGUUGUGCGGUUAUUAUCAUUUUUACUGGUGUAUUGAUAGUGUCAGUAAGGGUCUUGUCAACGUUCUGUUUAUACAUUUAAAUCAAGAUUUAUUCUCUUGUUGCAUUUGUGUGUUUUUUAUAAAUCACUGUUUUUACACACAUGCAAUAUAAUAAUAUUUUAUUUUCUUUCGUUCACUGAACUUUGGAAUAUUAAUAGAAAGCUACUUACAAAGGUCUUACUCUGGCUCUUUGACUGGCAGCUGAGUUUUAUAUCUUCCUAUCAGGUUCAUUUAAGUGACUCUUUAACUAUAUCUAUAGAUAAACCAUCAUGGCACAGUCUGAUAUUAAUGUAAUAUGUGUAAAGUGUUAUUAGUAAAUACAGAGAAUUGUAUCGUCAGAUAGAAAUACUGACAAUGGUAACAAAGUCUGUGUGAGUAACAGCUUUGUAGCUAAAUUCAUUCUCUUUUCUUCUGUUCAACAUUGUCAGCUGAGCAAAUUAAACAAAUAAAUGUCUCGUACUUCC